AGUUAAAGCAAUUUUACGUUAAGUACAUAAUUCUGCCAGUACAAGUACAGAUAGAUCGGAAAUAGGCGGUCCAGCGCUAUUUGGUCACACCACCUCAGCUUAAAACCCAAAUUAGUGACCUCAUAUUCGUUUUUGGUUGUCCGCGGAUGAGGUUAUUUAAUAGCGCAUACCGCCUGCACAUUUUGCACAUUUGGUGUACGGUUCUCCGAAAAUUUUGAUUCUCAACUUGUCUCCUUAUUGUGCAAAAAAGUCAUACAAAUAAGGAUACUUUCUUAACAUGGGCAAUCCUGUAGGCGAUUAUCCUGCGGCGCCAGGCCAGCAAAUGCCGCCCCCUCCUCCGGCAUAUCCGUAUCCACCACCCAACAGCUAUCAACAUGGAGCCCCUGUUAGCACCGUCAUCAUAACGUCACCGGGAGUUUGUUUGAGCCAGUAUCCUACACAAUUGGAGUGUCCAAACUGUCGGCAACAUGUUGUAACGACAACUGAAUUCGAAAAUGGUGGAUUAACUUAUGCGCUAAUGGGACUUUUAUGUUUGUUCGGAUGCUGGCUCGGAUGUUGCCUGAUUCCCACAUGUGUGGAUGAAUGCAAAGACGUCCUCCAUACUUGUCCGAACUGCAAAGUCUUUGUGGGGCGCUACAAGAGAAUUUAAUUUCAAGGCGAACUAUAUUGUAUUUUCUUAUCUCUGCCGAUUAGGACACAAUAGAACAAUUAAUGGCAGCUAAUCUGUGAGUUAGUCAUAUUACUCAAACUGGAUUUCUUUGUUGUGGCGGUGCAUGUAUUUGCUUUAUCAGAAUAGCUGAUUAUUGUAAAACACAUGAUGCUAGUAGCAAUAUCUGCAUAUUCUUGAUGGAUCGAAA